CCCAAUUUUUAUUCUAUUUAUGAGGCAAAGAGUAAUAUAAUCCAAAGGGAAUAGUUUCUUAUCUGCCAUCUCUCAUUUGCUCCACUCCCUGUAUCUCUUUCCCUCAGAAUUGUUGUUUGCAGUACCAUACAGAGAUUCGAAGGAGAAGAAGCGUGUAUAGCUUGAACUUGGCGAGUCUCGAUUUUUGAGGUGUCAAUAUCAAACUCUUUCACUACUUUAUGCUUUUGACUAGCUCUAACUCAACGCUUGGCUUCUCCUUCGAUUUUCACAUAUUUUUUCAUAUAGUUUUGUUCUGGUUUUGUUUCAUGUUUUCCAGUUAUUAGUUCUUCGUUUUAUGAAUUUCUCUUUGAGCACGGAUUGUUCUAAGAUCCAGGGCUAGGGAAACCAUUGAGAAUUGGGAGACCCUAGCAAGAAAAUAAAAAUUUAUGGGGUCUGUUAUUUCUCUUUUACGUCAUUAUUAUUACUAUUAUUAUUAUUAUUAUUAUUAUUAUUAUUAUUAUUACUACUACUACGUAUUUAUUAUCAUGUUUGUUUUUACUCAAUAGUAUUGUCAUAUAUAUACUCAAAACUACAUUUUAUUUAAUAAAAAUGUAAACUUUAAUUUUGAGCCAAUCCACAUAUUACAUAAUAAAUGGGUUGCAAGAGAAUAACUAUUCUGCAUUGAAGAAUAGUCAUUUCAUUCUCAUAAUAACUUUUCUUGAUAAUAAAGUCUUCAUCUUAGCGGUUAAGGCGCUGACAUUUGAAUCACCUCACGCUGAAUUAUGUGAUAAAGAAAAAUAUAUUGAAUUUCAGCCUUUUGAAUUCCUUGGGUAUUCUCCUUCAUCAAUUGAUCAAACUCUACUAACAUUUUAAUUACAUCCAAAUAAUACUGUUAUUUUCUUCACCAAAGGUUUCUUAGUGUUCUCGUUUAGGAUUAGACUUUGGAAAAUGUUACUUUUGACUAUUUUUCACUAAAGGAAAGAAAACUGAAUGCAAAAGCAAAAAAUAGAAAAACAACAACAGGAUAGCAGUUUCUUUACCCAUGUAGUCCUUGUAAUGACAAUGAAAAACUGUAGUCUAAUAUUUUUUAUAAAACAUGAAGGCCAGAUGCAUUUUAUUUUUCUUCAUGUGUUCAGGGUCCACUCUGCUUGGUAGGCUACAACUUGGUUUUUUAAUCCCUAACAGUGUUUUUUUUGCUUCACGUGCCUGACUAAAAGUGAAUGUUUUUCAUUGUAUUUCUCUACUGCUCGAGCCUUUCGUUGGGUAGGGACUAGGGGUGACGUGAGUUGGUGGAAUUAGUGAAAUAUGUAUUUUGGAGGCCUCUGAAGUUGCACAUUAGCAUUAUGGGCUGUUUGGUAAAGAUUAUUUAACUAAAAUGACCAAACCGUACCAAUUCUGUUGAGUCUUUAAAAACGUGAGGUAACAUCUAUUUCAGCUACUAGGAACUCUCUAAUUCUUGUUCCAAUGCAUAUAAAAAAGGAACUCUAUAAUUCAUUCCCUACGGAUAUUGAAGUAGGUGGUGUUUUUGGUAUUGAAGUAGGUGGUGUUUUUUUACACACGCAUAUGCAUCAAUAGCUUUUUAACAUUUUAUUUUGUGCGAUGGUGCUCUUAGAUGAGUUCAUUAUGAACUUUUGGCUCUAAUUUGUGAAUUUGUCUUUAGGAGUUAUGGUGGAAUCCUUCAUUAUCUUGGUUGAGAAGCCCUGCAUUAUUCUAUUUUAAAAUAUAAAGGAUGAACUUUUGAACCAUUGAUUUUUUUAGUGGAGACAGAAUCUGAUGCCACACUAUGUGCUGCAAUAAGUUUAGAGAAUCCUAGCGGGCACCCAAAGGGUCAAUAAACUCACAGGAGGCAAUCUAGAAAAAGUUUGGUGAUCCACCGGAAAGGUGAUUUUUUGGGUGAUUUUUAUAACAGGAGGAAUGCAAGAAUAAAUUGCACCAAGCAAUUUGAGAAAGUUAUUUUUGUGAAUCCGCAAUCAUCGUCCUAUAAAUUGAGAGAUUGCUGUCGGUCUUACUUUCAAGGAGUAAACAAGAGGCGUUCAAUUUACAAUAGCCGUUUUAUGAGUAAUCUAUCGCUAUACCUUAAUUAUGUUUGGGAAUUAAAGGGCCACAGUUUUUUCAAUGCAUGCAUCACGCCUCGGGAGAUUCACUGAUUUGUGCCCUCAAUUCCUUCAAAAUGAUGACACUUACUCCCUGUCUCACUUUCAAAUUAUAGCCAACACAAAUGGAUCUAAUGACUCACUUCAAGAGGAAGCUCCUCAUAAGCCCUAUUGCACUUUGGAAUCAUCCUCGAUGAGUGGGAACGACGCUCUUUCCAACUCACCAUCAAAUGGAAGCCCCAUUACCAAGCCCGACCCACAAUUCACGCACACCAAUUACGGUACUCCUUUUAUAGAAACCACAAGGCUCGGGCAAAUGAUGCCCCAUGGGGAUUUAAAACAGGUCCUCAUUGCCUGUGCAAAGGCAGUGUCGGAUAAUGAUUUGAUGACAUCACAUUGGUUGAUGUCCGAACUACGGAAAAUGGUUUCCGUUUCAGGUGAACCGAUCCAACGGCUUGGGGCAUACAUGUUGGAAGGUCUCGUUGCCCGGUCAUCUUCCUCGGGCAGUUCCUUCUACAAAUCCUUGAGAUCCAAACACUUGCCGCCAACAACAAGUUCUCAUCAGCUCCUCACUUUCAUGCAUACCCUUUACGAGGUUUGCCCUUACUUCAAAUUUGGUCAUAUGUCGGCCAACGGAGCCAUUGCCGAAGCCAUGAAGGGCGAACAAAGUGUCCAUAUAAUAGACUUCCAAAUCGGUCAAGGCAGCCAGUGGGUUACUCUUAUCCAAGCUUUCGCUUCCCGGCCAGGUGGGCCACCCCGCAUCCGAAUAACCGGCAUAGAUGACCGCGGACCAGUGAGUAUUGCGGGGGAAAAUCUUUCAGAACUUGCCGAGUCCUUCAAGGUGCCUUUUGAAUUCCAUUCUUCAGACAUUGACCUGAAAAACCUGGUAAUCCGGCCAGGAGAAGCACUGGCCGUGAAUUUUGCAUACAUGCUACACCACAUGCCUGAUGAAAGCGUGAGCACCCUAAACCAUAGGGACAGGUUGUUGAGGAUGGUCAAGAACCUUAACCCGAAGGUGGUUACUCUUGUAGAGCAAGAAUCUAAUACAAACACGGCUGCCUUUUUUCCUCGGUUUGUAGAAACAUUGGAUUACUAUGCUGCAAUGUUUGAAUCGAUUGAUGAGGUUCUUCCGAGGAACCACAGCGAGCGGAUAAACGUGGAGCAGCACUGUUUGGCAAGAGAUGUUGUGAACGUAAUUGCGUGCGAAGGGACAGAAAGGGUGGAACGACAUGAACUUCUGGGGAAGUGGAAGUCUAGGUUCAGGAUGGCAGGUUUUACUCCGUACCCGUUGAGCUCUUUGGUGAAUCUGACAAUAAAAAGACUGUUGGAGAACCAUUCGGACAAGUAUAGGAUUGGAGAAAGAAAUGAUGCACUUUACCUUGGUUGGAUGGACAGGGAUUUGGUCGCCUCAUGUGCCUGGAAGUGAUGAAACCGAUCAUCGAAUUUUUAGUUUUCUUUAAUGUUUGAUGUUAAUAAUACUCAUAUUAUGACAUGAUUUCAUGUAGAGAACUUACAUUGUAAAUUCAUUUGGGCAUUUUCAUGUAUAAAUAAGUUUCAUACAUAUCAAUGGAGCAUUGUAUGGAGCCAAAAUGAGCACUACAAAAGAAACUAAGCAUGAAAGAAUGUACAUUUUUCAAAAGCAACUUGUG